UGAGAAGAUUGAGAACAAACCUGCCAGCCCCUCAAUUUCAUCCACUUCCUGUAGUCAGCAAUUCCAUCCCAAAAAGGGGGGAAAGUGGAAGGAAGAAUUUUACUAACAGUUCUAAAUAAGGCGUACAGACGAGCUGGCUGAUUUGGCCGUGCAGUUUGCUUGCAAUUCGCCCCGCAUGUAGGAACUUCUUGUACUGACCUACAUGUUCAACCGAGUUCCCGUUAGCUUUUCGAAGAGUAUCUGUGGACUGGGCUGAUACCAAACAGUCCGUGCACCAUUUGAGAAAGGAUCUUAUGGGAGAACGUAAAGUCGCGUCGAAUAAAAGUUCUAUCAAUUCUGUGGCGACACGAGGACAUCUAAAGGUCCGCUAACCUUCCUUUGGCCCUUUUCAUGUACUGGAAAAAUGAGAUUUUGGCCCCUCUAUCAGAGGGAAAUCAAUUUCUAUCCGAAGGAGUUCCCUCAAAACAGGUGAUCGCUCCAGACACACAGACUACACCGGGAGCAUCGCGCUGCGUGGACACCCAACACGGACACGCAAUGUCACACUCUGACGGGGAGUCUCAAAGAUCGAAUAUGGAAAAAGAGGACACGCGUUCUUCGCCAAGUCCCCCGUCAACUCCAUCCAUCUGCUCGCCCACGUCCACUGUCUCUUCCGUUCCCUCCACCGGGAAGAACAUGUGCGCCAGUUGCGGACUGGAGAUCUUGGACAGAUAUCUUCUCAAGGUCAAUAAUCUGAUUUGGCACGUGAGGUGUUUAGAGUGUUCUGUCUGCAGGACCUCGUUGCGUCAGCACAGCAGCUGCUACAUCAAAAAUAAGGAGAUCUUCUGUAAAAUGGAUUAUUUCAGUAGGUUUGGUACUAAGUGUGCACGCUGCGGCCGGCAGAUCUACGCCAGUGACUGGGUAAGGCGUGCGCGUGGUAACGCCUACCACCUGGCUUGUUUCGCUUGCUUCUCCUGCAAGCGGCAGCUCUCCACCGGUGAGGAGUUCGGCCUGGUCGAGGAGAAGGUGCUCUGCAGAAUCCACUACGACACCAUGGUGGAGAACCUGAAACGGGCUGCCGAGAGCGGAAGUGGCCUCACGCUGGAGGGGGCGGUGCCAUCAGAGCAGGACAGCCAGCCGAAACCUGCCAAACGGGCUCGCACCUCCUUUACUGCUGAACAGCUGCAGGUUAUGCAGGCUCAGUUUGCGCAGGACAACAACCCAGACGCUCAGACGCUGCAGAAACUGGCUGACAUGACGGGGCUCAGCAGACGAGUCAUACAGGUUUGGUUCCAGAACUGCCGGGCGAGACACAAAAAGCACACUCCGCAGCACAGUGGCCCGGCGCAGGGCCACCCACAGGCACGCAUGCCUCCCUCACUGAGCGACGAGCUGCAUUACUCGCCUUUUGGCAGCCCGGAGAGAGCACGCAUGGUUGCUCUACAUGGCUACAUUGACAGUCAUCCAUUCUCAGUGCUGACCACGCAGAGUCUCCCUCAUCAGGCCAUGUCUCUGCCCCAGCUCCCCCUCAGCCGCUAACGCCCACAACCACGGCGACCCCUGGGCCCUCAGACUUUGACCUCCUACUCCAACUAUCCACCACUGCUCUACCGAACUCCAGAGGUCACGUCUGGCUGAACAACAGGGUCGCAGUCCCUCAUGCUCUAAACCUCCAUCCAAGGAAUUGGGAUGCUUCCUCUGGCUUUUCAGCGGACUGGAUUUUCCUCACCUACAGGCUGUGCUGUUUGGUCGAAGGAAACUCACAGCUGGGAGCUAGUAUUUGGAGACUGGAGUGGUCACCUGUUGAGCUGGACCUUACGGUGGGAACAGGACCAGAGUUUGGACCAAUAACCUGGUCCCUGAGUGCACACCAACAAACAUUAUGAGAAACGGCAUUCCUGACUACUCUUGCUGCGAUUGGAACUCUCUCUCAGUGUUGGGAGAACCCACUGCUACAGGACUGCAAAAAGUGCACAGCCACUGUGAGCUGUGGAAGGGGAACAGGAGGCAUCAUGGGAUCAUUUGGUAAGAUGACUUUUGUUUCUUGCUGGUUUUCCUUUGCUCUGAGAAUGAUGAUGCUUCUUCUCUGAGUGUUGUGCUGAAGACGGAUCCACAGAACAGAUGCUAACUCUCUCUUCAUCUGUCUGUCUGUCUGGGUGAAGCAUGCAGACUAGCUAGUGGAUUUAUCAAUGAAGGAUCUGUCAGUGAUUUCCUCACCUGCUAGCAUCUGCACUCUCUCAUUUAAAAAAUAAAAAUCUCCAGGAUGUUCUGUCCAGACAUAGAGGUUGAAUUGAGUAGCUUGACAAAAUUCAAAGUUCACAUUUUUAAAAUCAGACUUUAUAUUAUAAUUAUUUUUGGUAAUUUCAAUUUCAUUUAAUUCAAUUUCAGAAACUGGCUGUGUCUAAACUGGAAAAAGCUAAGUUGUCAAAUAAAAUAAAAUGUUUUGGAUCCCCACAUGAACAAAGUGGAUUAUUACUUCAAUUUAUGAGGGUUCAUUAGAUUUCAUUCUGCUCUGGCAAAGGUCAUCACACUAUGAGAGUGAUAUUAAAUGGGAUAUAAUUUUCCCCAUACAAAUUCUGUAAUUUGUUAGGAUAGUUUGAUUUUUUAAUUAGCAAUUUUGUAUACAUGUAAGAACCAGAGGGAAUGAAUGAGAAUGGGAAAGAGGGAAAGAGAGAGAGAGAGAAAGAGAGAGAGAGAGAGAGAGAGAGAGAGAGAGAGAGAGAGAGAGAGAGAGAGAGAGAGAGCAUCAAAAGUUAGAAAAAAAGCAUCAGAAAAACAUAGAUGAUUACAUGUAAAAAAAAUGUACAUGUAUUUUUUAUUAAAUCAGUGUCCUAAUGUUAUGUGGGAGCCGAAUGUGUCUGUAUUUCUGUUUUUGUUUAUUUUACUUUUGUUCCUCUCUGGCCUGCAGAGAGAGAGUGUGCUAAGCCUAGACUCCAACCUGUUAUGGGGGACUGGUUUGGGACCAAGGCAACAGCUGUCACAAACUGUAACUUUGUUUUGUGGAAUAGACACUUGUGUUCUGAGUAGGGGCUGGACCAGGCCUCUAUGUUCUUGUAUUUAUUGAAACAGAUAUUAGCCUGUAAAGCACUUUUCCCCCAUGUCGCAUUGUCUGUUUUGUAAAAAAUAAAUGAAUGAAUAAAUAAA